GUCCGCCGCUCUCCCUGCAACCUUGCCCCUUACCCGCUUCCCCAGCGCAGGCGCAUGACAGCCGGAGACUCUUUUGGCGGAGCCGCUUGGAGACGGCCGCGGCGACGGCGGCUGUUUUGCCGGUACCCCGCGAGGGCAGAGCAUGCGCAGUGGCGAAGGGUCCGUGGGCCUGCCGUGAGGAAAAGCGGGGAGAGAAGAAGUCCGCUGUGCGGAAGCUGAAGAAGAGCGCGGGAGGCGGCGGCACACUCAUAGUUUGGUCUAGGAAGAAUGUCUCAGCAUCACCCUCAAUAGGCUUGUACUGGAAGUCUGCAGAAGUUGAAGGACUCACAAAGGAUAAUAGCAACACCUCCUCCUCUGCUGCUGUUGCAAGUAUUGGCUUAGAAAUUAAUCCUCUUCUGCCAAGAAUAUUUUUGAAGAACUUUUUCCUCAUGAGGAGCUUCUGCAAUCAGUAAUUUUAGAACAUCAGUAUUUAUCAUCCAGAAAAGUAUAAACGACCAGACGUACAAAUGUCUACCACAAGACUAAAGUGUGACAUGUUAUGUUCUUUACCAUAAGCAACCAUAAAAUGAGCUCCAUUGCAGACAGAGAUGAUGGUAGCAUUUUUGAUGGUCUCGUGGAAGAAGAUGACAAGGAUAAAGCAAAGAGAGUAUCAAGAAACAAGUCUGAAAAGAAACGUAGAGAUCAGUUUAAUGUUCUCAUCAAAGAGCUGGGAUCCAUGCUUCCAGGAAAUGCUCGAAAGAUGGACAAAUCCACUGUAUUGCAGAAGAGUAUUGACUUUUUACGGAAGCACAAAGAAAUUACAGCACAGUCAGAUGCCAGUGAAAUCCGACAAGACUGGAAACCCACAUUCCUUAGCAAUGAAGAAUUCACUCAGUUAAUGUUAGAGGCCCUUGAUGGUUUUUUCCUAGCAAUCAUGACAGACGGAAGUAUAAUAUAUGUAUCAGAAAGUGUAACCCCUUUACUUGAACAUUUGCCAUCUGACCUUGUGGAUCAAAGUAUAUUUAAUUUUGUCCCAGAGGGUGAACAUUCAGAGGUUUAUAAAAUACUAUCUACUCAUUUGUUAGAAAGUGAUUCAUUGACUCCAGAAUAUUUAAAAUCAAAAAAUCAGCUAGAAUUCUGUUGCCAUAUGCUCCGUGGGACAAUAGACCCAAAAGAGCCACCUACAUAUGAAUAUGUAAAAUUUAUAGGAAACUUCAAGUCUUUGAGCAACAUGCCUAACUCUGCACAUAAUGGUUAUGAAGAAACCAUACAGCGGCCUCAUAGGCCUUCUUAUGAAGACAGAGUUUGCUUUGUAGCUACAGUUAGGUUAGCUACACCUCAAUUUAUCAAGGAAAUGAGCACUGUUGAAGAACCCAAUGAAGAGUUCACCUCUAGACAUAGCUUAGAAUGGAAGUUCCUUUUCUUGGAUCACAGGGCACCACCAAUAAUAGGUUAUUUACCAUUUGAAGUGUUGGGGACAUCUGGAUAUGAUUAUUAUCAUGUGGAUGACUUAGAAAAUCUGGCAAAAUGUCAUGAACACUUAAUGCAAUAUGGAAAAGGGAAAUCCUGUUAUUACAGAUUUCUCACAAAGGGGCAACAAUGGAUUUGGUUGCAGACUCAUUACUAUAUCACUUACCAUCAGUGGAAUUCUAGACCAGAGUUCAUCGUAUGCACCCACACAGUAGUAAGUUAUGCAGAAGUUCGAGCAGAAAGGCGGCGUGAACUUGGUAUUGAAGAGUCUCUUCCAGAAAUAGCAGCUGAUAAAAGUCAAGACUCGGGUUCUGACAAUCAUAUAAAUACAGUAAGCCUCAAAGAAGCAUUGGAAAGAUUUGAUCAUAGCCCCACGCCUUCUGCUUCUUCCAGGAGUUCAAGGAAAUCUUCACAUACUGCAGUUUCGGACCCUUCAUCUACACCAACAAAACUGACCAUGGAUACUAGCACUCCGCCAAGGCAAAGCUUGUCCACUCAUGAAAAGUCUACACAAAGAAGGGCAUCACUUGGUAAUCAGUCUUUAAGUUCACAGUCUGUUGGACAACCAUUAGCUCAACCAAUGAUGCCUCAACCUACAGCUCUGCAAAUUCAGCAAGGCAUGUCUCAGCCUAUGCUUCAGUUUUCUGCCCAACUAGGAGCCAUGCAGCACUUAAAAGACCAGCUGGAACAAAGAACACGAAUGAUAGAGGCAAAUAUUCAUCGCCAGCAAGAAGAGUUGCGUAAGAUUCAGGAACAACUCCAAAUGGUCCAUGGGCAAGGCCUCCAGAUGUUUUUGCAGCAGUCAACUCCUGGAUUAAGCUUUGGUUCUGUGCAGCUGACUUCUGGAAACCCAUCGAACAUUCAACAGAUCACACCAAUAAACAUGCAAGGUCAAGUUGUUCAAACGAAUCAGAUCCAAGGUGGUAUGAACACUGGUCAUAUUGGUACUCAACACAUGAUACAACAGCCGUCUCUGCAAAGUACUGCAGCACAGCAUAGUCAACAAAAUGUUCUGAGUGGGCACAGUCAGCAGACUUCUCUUGCCUCCCAGUCUCAGAACACGCUGCCAGCCCCACUGUACAAUGCUAUGGUGAUUUCUCAGCCAGCCGCAGGAAAUGUGGUCCAAAUUCCUUCCACUUUACCGCAAAGUAACAACCAGAAUGCUGCUGUUACCACAUUUACCCAGGAUAGGCAAAUCAGAUUCUCUCAAGGCCAGCAGCUUGUAACAAAAUUAGUCACUGCACCUGUAGCUUGUGGAGCAGUCAUGGUCCCAAGUACUAUGUUUAUGGGGCAGGUGGUGACGGCCUAUCCUACUUUUGCUGCACAGCAGCAGCAACCACAGACAUUAUCAAUAACACAGCAGCAGCAGCAGCAGCAGCAGCAGCAGAGCCAGCAGGAGCAGCAGCAGCAGCUUGCUACAGUUCAGCAGCCAGCUCAUACUCAGCUGGCCCAGCAUCCGCAGCAGUUCUUACAGACAUCCCGGUUGCUCCAUGGAAAUCAGUCAGCUCAGCUUAUCCUCUCGGCUGCUUUCCCGCUACAACAAAGCACUUUUACACCAUCACAGCAGCAGCAGCAGCAGCAACUUUCACGACACAGAACUGACAGCAUGACUGAGCCUUCCAAAGUUCAGCCCCAAUAGUGUGGAGGCUCUGCUUCCAAAAGCAAGCAAGAGGGAGAGGCUGCUCACAAUAGUUGCACUGGUGAUGGGAGAGAGAAGACUGCAGACAUUGCCAAGUGCAGUAUUGAAUAUUCUUCUAAAUGCUUGGAAUGUGUCUGCUGAGAAUAAGAAUGCAGGAUGCUGCUGGAAGAUGCCUUUGGUACAAAUCAGCAAAGAGAUGUUGGGGACAAGGCCAUGGCAAGCUCUGCCAGGGACUUGGUUGCUCCAGCUUUUGUUUUGUUUUUCAUUCAAAGGCAUGUACUGCCACGUGUUAACUUGUCCAGAUCAAGUCUCAAAAUGUUCAAUGGACUGAAUAGGGCACUUAAAUAUCUUGAUGUUUUAGCAGUUCUCUCAGAUUAAGUGUUACAAUGGACAUGCUGUUGCUUCGGCAGUUUGUUUUUUAAGAAUGCCUGCAAUUAUGCUCAGAAAGGGUUAAUCUUUUUCAUAUUACGAGACAGUAAAUAUUUUCAAAAUAUUAGGUGGAAUCAAAAUUUCCAUUGUACAGAUGCUGUAAAAUACUGUGUAUAUGUCUGGAUAAAGGCAAGAGUGGAAUAUUUUAUAAGAUGCAUGAAACUGUUGGUUUGGAUGUUUUUCCCUAAAUUUUCACACAAUUGCUUAAACUACUAUUUUCAUGUUUUUACCUGUUUGUCUUUUAUGACACAAUCCAUCAUUUUCUCACCUGUAACGUGGGCACAAGUCUCUCGUCUGUGCUAUAUCUGUUGAUGUCAAAGUUUGUUCAAUGAGGUAAUACAGUGUGCUGGUUUGUGGAAAUUUUGGAGUUAUAUUACUGAUGAAACACUUUGAACUGUGGGGUGUUCAAGAGUUCAAGGCAUUCAGUUUCUUAAAUAUCAUUGGUAAUUUCAUAUAUAUUCAAUUUCUUUCAUUGGGGAAAAAAAUAGGAAUUUGCACUGCUAUAUUGUGGACAGUUUGAAAUUUAACUCCCCAAAUUUAUCUUUUGAUACAAUUCAUAGUUGAAAAUAUUUAUGUAACAAUAAGGUUUAAAACAUGAAAGUAAUUUUAAGAAUGUCUCAAAUAUAGGAGAAGUAAUUUGCACAAAAAUAUAUAUGAAUUUAAUAAUUGUAGGCACUUUUUAACUUUCUCUGUGGUGAGAAAUGUAAUUUCUCAGAAUAUGUUUGAAUCUUUUUAUUCACCUUUGCAAAUUUCGACCUUCACUUAGUCAAAAAUAAUUCAGGGUCGUUUGAAACAAAACAAAAAUACCCAUAGUGCCUUGGUUUUGAUUCAGGUGAUAAUGUUAAACAUCUCAAAUUAUAUUCUGUUGAAUCCGUGACCAUUUUUGAAGUCUUAGGACAUUGUUAACAAAACAUGCAUCAUAUUUCUCUACUAUAUUUGUAUAUACAAAUAUUUUGAAAAUUGUACAAAUUGAGAUCUGAAGUGUUUUGAAAAUAUUGGCACUCUUUUAACCACUAACCCUGGGGCAUGCACCUUUUAAGUACUUUCUUUUUGAAGUAGCUGUCUGAUAAGAAAUGCUGUUCUUCUAAAUGAUAUCAAUACAGAAAUGACUAGCAGUUAGUAGAAUUGCUUUGUGACUGAAAUUUCACAGAAAAUAUAAAAAGAGAUCAUCAGGACUUCAGGUUUUAAAAGGGAUAGUGUUAAACUAAGACUUCAGAUGGUAAAAUUACUUUAUAAAGAUAAUAAAAAGUUCCAACAGAAAUUCUGUACAGUUUUUAAAUAUACAGUGAGUAGAUUUUAUGGUACUAGUAAAAAACACAUCUACAGAUGUAAACACAUUAAUACAAAAAAGAUUGGGUAGUCAAUUGGUGUGAAAACUCGUUAUGAGCAGGGAAUGUUUGAAUCAAGAGAAUUACAGAGGAGCUUUAUUAAUAUAACCAAAGUAUGGUGGGAUGCUAAGAUUGUAAUGCUGGGUGCACAGAGCCUGCAUCAAAAGCAACACUGCAUAGCAAGCAAUGGUAGCAGUGAUUUUAAGACUAACUCUUUAUUGCCAUACCCUUCCAUGAUCCAUACCUUUCCCUGUUACAACUAACAGAUUAUUAGCAGAACCAGUGAGAAGAGACAAAAUCAUAAAGAAUCAACCAAAGAAUUGAACUACUUAGUUACCUUUUUGCAAAGACUGAGAACCUAUCUAGGAAACCACCUGACUCUGUUCAUUAGAAGGAGUUUGUAGUGUUCCUUAAAUAACUCUGUGUAUGAGAAGCAUAUAUUGUAGUGAAAUAAUGGCAGAUUGUCUUAUCUUGCAACGUUCUUCUGUUUGUAAUCCCCAAUUAGACUGUGUCCAACAACGGUUCAUGCUUUAAUUAGCUUAUUUAGUGGGAGGUUUUCCUCUUGGGCUUUAACCUCACAAUAAUAAAACAGCACUAAACGAGAAUGCUAGGAAAGCUUUAAGAGUGCUCACAGAGCAGUGAAGGGUGAAGUAUUGGUAUUUGUUAGUGAUGAAAAGGCAGAGCACAGCCACUGGGCACGUAAUAAUGAUUUGUUUGGCAUAAAUGCAGCUCUUGUAGAUGUGAGAGUUAUAGGCGACUCCAUGAUGUUUGUUAAUGAGAAAACCUGCCGUAGCCUUGGAGAGUAAAAGUACCAAGUGUUAUCCAUUGUCUUUAGCAGAUAAUGGUGGAGGAGCAGAGAUUCCCUGGAAAAUAUUUCUAAAGUUCUGGGGGGAACAUUCUGUCACACCCUCAGCAACCUUAAAGGAAGGAGGCCCAGAAUUUGUGUUGGCUCUGCUGCUGUUGACUGCUAAGAAGUGGUGCUUGUAGGAGGAGAAUCUGCUUCUGCUGAAUGUCAGUUUGUUCUAAAUGAUAGACCCAGGCUCUGGAUCUCAUAAUAAAGCUACUGCUUUUGUAAGGCUGUUGUUUAUCCCAGUAGUUUUAGGAGGGAAUGCUCCAUUUUCUGGAACUUAAUAUGGCCAGGGCUUUUUUUCAGCUGGAACUCGGUGGAAUGGAGUUUCGGCACCUCUUAAAAAUGGUCACAUGGCUGGUGGCCCCGCCCCCUGAUCUCCAGACAGGGGAAUUUAGAUUGCUCUCCGCGCCAAGUGGCGCGGAGGGCAAUCUAAACUCCCCUCUGUCUGAAGAUCAGCGGGUGGGGCCACUGACCAUGUGACCAUUUUCACCGAGGUCAAUUUAAACUUUUAAAAACUCCCCCCUUGUUCCAGCUGACCCAAAGUGACAUCAUUGUGUGGUCCUGGGAGCAUGUGCGCACUUUGUGCGCAUGCUUGUGGUACCAGGGGCAUCACCUCCUGCCAGGAGUUGCCCCCUGUGUUGGCAACCCACUGAGUUCCACCACCUCUUUUCUCAUAAAAAAAGCCCUGAAUAUGGCCAAAUGUCUCUAUGCGGGUUAGAAUGUGGAGACUGGUGAUCUUUGAGUGAAUGUCCUGGAAAUGCACUAGUGCUAAAGCAAAAAAAAAAAAAAAAGGAAGGAAAAAAAACCCAAUUCUGAUGAAGUGCUACUGAAGAGAAAGAAGUAAGAUUUCAGUUUGCCUAAGUUGGGGUGAGGGUGGGGGAAAAGAAGACUCAAAGAUGAGCCUUUGGGAAUGUAAGAGGGAAUUGUAUAGAUAUUUUUAUAUUAUAUUUAAUAUAUACACUAUAUUUGUACACAUAUUAAAAGAGUAUAGUCAGAGCUCUCCAUAUGCCUUCCAUUAUUUUUAUCUAGUCGUUUACUUCCUGGGGCCAUGGCUCCAGUGCACCACCACCUUCUGUAGGCCACCUGCCUGCUGCCAACCAUCAAUAUCAUCUACAAAGCGAGCACAAAGCUGCUCAAAUACCUGCCUGAUCAACAACCCCACUAGCUUCAGUGCUGUUGGGGUUACAGUUAGGCAGGGUAACCCCAUCAUGUUUGAGAUGAGUAGGACAUGUGACUGGUAAGAGGGAUUAGCUUAUCCCACCAAUCCGCUGCUUUAGCCAACAGAGUAGCCACAAAGACUGGCAAGUCAAGGCUGUUUGUUCCUCUGAAGUGCCAUGUUUUGAUCUUUCUAAGGUGGUCAUCCAUCAUAUUUGAGUAUCGUAUUGAAUCAGUGCAACAGAAAAGAUGUGUGCAAACUUUAAGCACUUUAUAGGGGGGGGAGAUCUUAUUUGAAAUGCAGUUUAUUGUUUUAGGCAUUGGAACUGUUCAAAAGGUGAGGGGGUCAUCCCCAAAGGCAUCGGAAUGUAAUGUCAGAGGCAUUGCUGGAAAAGUGAUCUUCUGAGGCUCUGAAUUCAAAACGUCAUGGGCAUUGAAAGUAGUUUGGCUUUGUGGGGAAUGAAUAAAUCCCCUCUAAGGUUUUUUGUAGAGCUGGUUUUUUAAAAAUAAUGCACAAUUGUCAGAGAGAUAUCAACUGGAGGCUUGUUAGAGCCUUUUAAAUGAUUCUAAGUGGUCCUUAGGAUUAAAAUGUGUAGAGGGUUUACAGAUGUGGCCUUUAAUAGACUGCUUCAGUCAUAACUAUAGGAUAGUUGGUAUUUCUAGAGGUAACACCAGUGUGUGUGUGUGUGUUUUAAUGUCAGUGUCAUGUAAUUUCUGCAUGUGUGUUAACCUCAUAAUUGUCUCCAUUGGAAAUUUAUCAUUGAAACAUGAUGAGAAACGGAGGUGUGGAGGGCACAGAUUAGAUUUAAAAGAAAGGUAAAGAUCCCCCCCUCCCCUCUCUCUUUUAAAAAGAGGUAGGGAGACUUUUUGGAAGAACUGAAAUUGAAUGGUAAAAUUCACAGUACAUGAGACAAGAUGUGAGAGAUUUUAAAAAUUUAAUUUGUUCACAAAGCUGGGUAGUUUGUCAAUAUUUUUAACACUACAUUCCUCUGUCUUUUAAUAAAUAAGUACUUUGAGUCUGUUUACUGUGUUUCAUGCUUUUUCAUCUGCAUAGGUAUUGUUAGAAGCAUGAUAGGGUUAUACUGUGCAAAGAUGUACCUACUCAUUACACACAUACACACAAAAGAAAAACAAAACACUGUGUAUGAACAAAAUAACUGUGUUGCCUGAUGUACUGAUCCCAGCUCUGACUGUGAGGUGCUGCACUAGUAGACAAUCAAAAUUCAUGGAAGACUUUUGGGGGAAAAUGUUCUUAAAGAUACAGCUGCUUUGAAAGUGUUUUUUAUUCUUAAAGUAAAAGGAGUAUUUAUUUUUUAAAUUGUCUAAUUGGAUACUUUUUUCAGUGUUGAUUUCACAUUGUCUUGGUUUUGCAUUUUUAAAAUUUGGCAUUAGAUUUGUAUAUGUAGAAAAAACCUGUUCAACUUUCAUUUUCUGACUUCAGGAAAAUGUAGAUAUGGUUCCCUAGUGUUCAUGUGACCAUUACCAAGUGUCAGUUUUUAAUUGAAUAAAUAUUUGAAAUUCA